AAAUAAAUUUUAAAUUUUAUGUUAACAUUAACAUUUCCUUUAACAUUUCUUUUCAUUCAAAUUUCGCGCUAAGCAAAACUGCCACACUGGCCUGUUGUUGACAUUCAUCUGACCUCCGGAAUUCUGGUUGGUGUGGGGGUGCAUUUUUUUCCAGCCCGUAUCUUUUGGCAUUUUACAAACACGGCGGUGUUGUGGAGAAUCGUUCCGGAUAUUUGCCGGAGCCAGAUAAUAACAAUAAGCAAUUCGACCGCAACCUUUAAGAAAAUGGCUGGUACAUUGCCUGCUCUCAAUCAGGAGCCUGUCUUCAAAAAGCUUCAAGAAUACUAUAAUGCCCACAGCAAGGAUAUUGUUAUUAAGGAUUUGUUUGUGAAUGAUCCCAAACGAUUCUUCAAAUACAGCUUACGUCUACAAACUCCAAACGAUGGUGAGAUUUUGCUGGAUUAUUCCAAGAAUCGUGUCAACGAUGAGGUUUGGCCAAUACUAUUGGACCUAGCCAAAGUACGGCGCGUCGACGUGGCUCGUGAUGGCAUGUUCAGUGGCCAGCAUAUCAAUAUUACCGAGAACCGAGCUGUCCUCCAUACCGCGUUGCGUAACCGUAGCCUGGAUCCUGUCUUAGUGGAUGGGCGUGAUGUUAUGCCCGAUGUGCGUGCCGAAUUAGCUCACAUGAAGGAAUUCACCAAUAAGGUGAUUUCUGGCGUUUGGCGCGGAUGCACCGGCAAGCAAAUUACCGAUGUUGUCAACAUUGGUAUCGGUGGCUCUGAUUUGGGUCCUCUAAUGGUAACCGAAGCUCUGAAACCCUAUGGCAAGGGUUUGCAUUCCCAUUUCGUGUCCAACAUUGAUGGUACUCACAUGGCAGAGGUCCUAAAGAAAGUCAACUAUGAGACAACUCUGUUUAUUAUUGCCUCGAAGACAUUCACCACCCAGGAAACCAUCACGAAUGCCACUUCGGCCAAAUCCUGGCUGCUGGAACAUGCCAAGGAUGAGGAAGCAGUUGCCAAGCAUUUUGUUGCCCUAUCGACCAACAAGGAAAAGGUCACAGCGUUCGGCAUUGAUAGCGCUAAUAUGUUUGGUUUCUGGGAUUGGGUUGGAGGACGUUAUUCCCUUUGGUCCGCCAUUGGUUUGUCUAUCUGCCUGUCCAUAGGUUUUGAGAACUUUGAACAGCUGCUGGAUGGUGCUCACUAUAUGGAUAAUCAUUUCAAGACAAGUCCCUUGGAGAAAAAUGCACCCGUUAUUCUGGCUCUAUUGGGAGUCUGGUACUCGAAUUUCUAUAAUGCUGAGACCCAUGCUCUCCUACCCUAUGACCAGUACUUACAUCGCUUCGCUGCCUACUUCCAGCAGGGUGAUAUGGAGAGUAAUGGCAAAUUUGUUAGCAAAUCGGGAAAACCCGUCAACUAUAAUACAGGACCAAUUGUCUGGGGCGAACCGGGCACAAAUGGACAGCAUGCAUUCUAUCAACUUAUCCAUCAGGGCACUCGCCUGAUACCAUGCGAUUUUAUUGCCCCAGCACAAACGCAUAAUCCAAUUUCCGGAGGUAAACAUCACAAGAUUCUCCUCUCGAAUUUCCUAGCCCAAACGGAGGCUCUAAUGCAGGGCAAGACCGCUGAUCAGGCCCGCGAAGAACUGUCCAAGGCCGGUGUGUGUGGCAAUGAGCUGGAGAACCUCUUGCCCCACAAGGUAUUUGUUGGCAAUCGUCCAACAAAUUCAAUUGUCGUCAAGAAGGUGUCGCCGUUCACUUUGGGCGCUUUGAUAGCGCUCUAUGAGCAUAAGAUCUUUGUCCAGGGCAUCAUCUGGGACAUCAAUUCUUUCGAUCAAUGGGGCGUUGAAUUGGGCAAACAGUUGGCCAAGGCUAUUGAACCGGAGCUUGAUCAUUGUAAUGAAGUCUCAUCGCAUGAUGGCUCGACAAAUGGUUUAAUUAAUUUUAUUAAAGCUAAUUGGAAGUAAACAAAAAACUUAUUGGUGGCUAUUUGUUGCAUAGUAAAAAUUGUUCUUAAAUUCAAAACAAAAAAAAGAAAACAAAAAAGACAAAAAUAACUAUAUUCUUUGCACAAAUAUUGUUUAGCAUUGGAAAUCGUUCCUUCGUUUUGUGUUGUUGGCGCAAAAAUAAAUAAAAUCUCAUUAAUUGGCUUUCAAUCUGUUAUUAAAUGUAGUUGAUAAAAUAUUAACAUGGAAAUAAAUGUACCUAAAUGAAAAUUGUGUUUGGAAAA